AUGUCAGCCGCCGUGGCGUGUCUGGACUACUUCGCCGCCGAGUGCCUGGUGUCCAUGUCCGCGGGCGCCGUGGUUCACCGCCGCCCGCAGGACCCCGAGGGCGCGGGCGGAGCCGCAGGCUCGGAGGUGGGUGCGGCGGCGCCGCCGGAGUCCGCUCUGCCGGGUCCGGGGCCACCGGGGCCCGCGUCGGUCCCCCUGCUUUCCCAGGUCCCCGCCCCCAGCCCUGGCGCGGGCGGCGCCGCGCCCCACCUGCUGGCUGCAAGCGUCUUGGCUGACUUGCGCGGCGGCUCUGGGGAGGGCUUCGGGGAGAACUCGGGGGAAGCUCUGCGCGCUUCGUCCGGCUCCUCCGGCCCCAGCCCGUGCUCCGCGUCCACCCUGCGCUCAGAGCCGGCUCCGGCCUCCAGCGCAGCCGAAGUCUCCAGGCCCGCGCACUCGUCCCGCGCGCUCGAGGUCCCCGGCGCGCCUGCCGCCUCCGGAGCGCCUGCGGUCCCCGGCGGGGUGUCUGGCGUGGCCCCUGGCGUGGGCCCCGCCCCCGCAAUGAGUCCAGGUGCCCGUCGGAGGCCGGUCACACCUGCUGCCAAGCGCCAUCGCUGCCCCUUCCCGGGCUGCAACAAAGCCUAUUACAAGUCGUCGCAUCUGAAGUCCCACCAGCGCACCCACACGGGCGAGCGCCCUUUCUCCUGCGACUGGCUCGACUGCGACAAGAAGUUCACGCGCUCCGACGAGCUGGCACGCCACUACAGGACGCACACGGGCGAAAAGCGCUUCUCCUGCCCCCUCUGCCCCAAGCAGUUCUCCCGGAGCGACCACUUGACCAAGCACGCCCGUCGCCACCCAGCCUAUCAUCCCGACAUGAUCGAGUACCGGGGGCGUCGUCGCACGCCCCGCGUCCACGCGCAACCCGCCAGCCUGGUGGACAGCUCCGGCUCCAUCCCCGACCAGGCGCCCAGCCUUACCGCCAGCCUGUCUGACAGUCAUUGCUGCUAG